ACCUGACAUCUAUUGCCUCAAUCAGUGAAUCAAAAAAAAUCCGAAAUAUUUUAAAAUCUGAAAAGAAUCCGCUAGGCCCAAAAAAAUUCGCAAAUCGGAUUAUAAUCCGCCGAUGAGCAACACUGGUCAAAAGAGUUUAUAAAAUGUUCGUUAAUUAACCGAUUGCCAUAUCUUCAUCAUAAAUAAUGGCGUUAUCCUGGAUGAUAAUAUUUAUUGUAGUAGUGUUUACAUUGUUCUCCUAUUUUAUGUGGUGUUAUGGCUGUGAAGAAGAAAAACGGAGAAAUAGAUUCGAAAAUAGGUAUCCAAGACAAUCAUUUGAAAGUAAUAUAUGUGCUGCCCCUGUCAAUCCAACUCGACACAGAAAUCAAAAUCCUACAAAUAUAGGAUUCAAUGUAACGACCGAUGCACCCAGAAGAAUAAUACCCCCAGUAGGAGCCGUUCCAAGCGCUCCUAAUGAGUACCCAACCCCGUAUCCCCCACAAAAUGUGACACCUUAUCCUCCACUUCUAACACCUUAUCCAAUAGUGGAAUCUGAUAAUUUCCCUAGUCCUGCACAGAAUCUAUCAAAACCAACAGCACCAGUUCAAGAUGAUUCACAACCACCUUCAUAUUAUGAAGCCACGAAAAACAAUAUGCCCAAGUAUUAAAGAGACAAGGGACCAAGUCAUGUGUGAUCCUUAACAAAAUGAUGUCUAUCCUUCAAACAGAGGUGUCUGCUUUUAUAAAAAUAACUUAACCCUUGGACAGUACCUUGGCAUUGUGAUUUGUGACUAAAGGUUUUUUCUUUGGCGCUAUCAGUGUUGUUAUAUGAGCUAUAAUAGCUUUUAUUUUUGUAAGUCUUAACCUUUUUAUAUCGAAUAUAUUUUAAUGAGUGUUUUGUUAACAUUUAACCAAGAUAUUUAUAUUUUUAAACACAAAUAUGAGUGAUUUUUUAAUAAAAGAUGUGUUAAAAGUU